AAAAAAAAUGAUUUUCUCUCUAUUUUGAUAGAGAUAAUAAUUGUUUGUCAUUCGUUAAGUCUUGCACGCUGCCUGUUUAUACACUCGUCUAAUGAAAAAAAUGAUUUAUUAGUUAAAAUCAUGGAAUUAAAUUGAACAAUAAUGAAAUCUGAUGGGUACACAUACAUAAGAAAUUUCCUUAAGGCAUUAAGAUAGAAAGGACAAGGAGGAAGAGCAAGAUUAGAGGGAUUCUUGCUAUGCUAAUUGCCAGUUACUUAAUUUUCCAAAGUCCCUACUGGCAUGCGGCGGAAUAUAAAGAGGACAAACCAGCAAAGCUUAGAAAUUACAGGAAACACAACAAACGGUUACUUGGAAGUUGUAACUAUGGGCUGGAUAAAACAUCAAACACCACACCAGCAUUGCUUUCACCGAUAUUCUCACUUCGUAACCAUCGAAUCCUUAAAAUUUUUAAGUAUGUUUCUGCAUUUUCUCAGAUGCUUCCUUAGAUUCUCCAAAAGCUUUUAUCUUCUUUCAGUUCCUGAACUUCUUCAGGAAAGGCGCUGUACACAGAGUUGACAUAGCUCACAACAACAAUGGGUACAAUGGAGAGUAACUCAUUGAGAUAUGGCAGAGGCUCUCAGCCUUUUUCUGCUAAUUCCUUUAAGACAAGGCGAAGCGGAUAUGAACCUUCUGAUACAGAAACCGAUUGGCAAGAAAGUCCUCAAUGUGAUCAGAAUCAAAACAGUGUGGUUUUUGUUCCUCAGAGUACAAAGCUAAAUUUGGAUUUGCCAAGAAACAUUAGUCCUAUAAAACAUGGCAGUAGCAGGAAACUUUCUUCAAAAUUUGAUGAUUGUUCUCCUACAAGGGAUCCUACGGCCAGUCCAGUGCGGAGGAGACACACCAGCAAGUCACCCUACAAGACACGAACAGGAGAUGGUCGAACUACUUCACCAGUAUCAGUUCGUAGAAAUGUUAGUCCCUUCUCAAAAUCUGAGCAUAGAAGACAGGUUUCUCCGUUUAAGCCUGGAAGAGAGGAGCCUGAUAUGUAUAAGAAUGACGAGAUUGUAGGCUCUAGCAGAAGGAAAAAUCAAAGAACUCCUAACAGAGAGGAAAGAGGUUCCUUCUCACAAUUUGGUGAAGUUAGUAGAAUGAGUGAGAGAGCCCAUGUUCGUAGAUCGGCAACUGCACCAAAACUAAGGGCCAAGGAGAACAAGGACCAAGAAAAUGAUCAUGGUCAUAGAGAGCAGAAAGGGGAGAGAUCUUCAUCACCUUUGCCGAGAAGCAUGACUAAUAAACAAAGGGAGAAAGAAGCUUCUCACACAAAAACACCUUCUGUUGGUGAACUGAAUGAGAUGGUAGCUAAUAUCAAGAUGUCUAGAGCUCCCACUCCCAUGUUUAACGCUCCAAUUUUCGAAAGCACAGAGUCUAUUUCGCCAGGCGACAUCUUCUUUUCUCGAGAGCAUGCAGCGUUGAUGAUGCAGAAGAAUAGCUUGCCAAAGAAUGGUAAUGAUGGAGUCAAUCUGAUCCCAAGGCCCACAAGGUUUCCUCAAAUGGAUUCUGAACUUCAACAGCUAAGCACAAACAAUGCUAGUGUUGAGCACAGCGCUCCGAGCAAGUUGACUAGUGCUGGUUCACAAUCCACUAUGAUUUCCAGCUUUGCUGCAAGUAGGCAGAGUAGUGACAAGUUUAGCAGUGAAAGCAGUAAGAUAAGUGAUUCGAGUAGGACAAGUUCGAGCUGGAGAAAGUUUACAGCGAAUCGGAAGAAGAGCCAAGCAGAUGCUUGGUUUUCUUGUAUGAGAAGGGGGCCUUGCAGGACCUCAAGGUCACCUGGAAAACAGCAUUUUGAUGAAGCUUCAUUCAUCGGGAAGGCAUUCGUGGUUGAAAGAUUAAGACAGUUUUGGGCUGAUAAACAUCAACCUUGUUCUCUGAAUGGAUUUACUUGCCACAAACAAGAAGCUCAACUUCUUAAGCAACUGGUAUCUCUGGACAACAUUCCCCAUAUUUUGCUGAAGGGACCAUCUGGUGCUGGGAAAAGAUCACUAGCAAUGGCACUCCUAUGCGAAAUAUUUGGCGAUACUUGUCGAAAUAUAUCACAUGAUCUAAGAUAUUUCCAGGUUCAGGAAAAUAGGGCAAUGCAAGUAGCUGUUCCAGUGACAUCCAGUGUUCACCAUGUGGAACUCAAUGUGAACUUAGAACCAAAUGCUAAAUAUGCACUGAUGGGUAUAGUGAAGGAAAUAAGCAACGCCUAUGCUAUUGUCCCUGAAGUCAGCAAUGUUAAAUUUAGGCCUGAUUAUAGAGUACUAGUUCUUUACCAGGUUGACAAAGCUACAGAGAACGUUCAGCACUUGAUAAAAUGGAUAAUGGACUGUUAUACAGAUGCUUGUAAACUCAUACUAUGCUGUGAAGAUGAUGCAGACAUCACGGAACCAGUGAAGAACCGCUGCAAAGUCAUUAAAAUUGAUGCUCCAGUAACUCAUGAAAUCAUGGAGGUUCUCAUUCAGAUAGCCAGGAAAGAGGACUUUGAUCUACCUAUGAACUUUGCAGCUAGGAUUGCUGCCAAAUCAAAGCAGAACCUGAGGAAAGCAAUCAUGGCUCUUGAAGCAUGCAAAGCACACAAUUAUCCUUUUGCUGAUGAUCAACCAAUUCCAUUUGGAUGGGAAGAGGUCUUGGUAGAAGUUGCAAAAGAGAUCCUUACUGAUCCAUCACCUAACAGAUUGUUUUCAGUACGGGGAAAGCUUCAAAAGCUUCUUCUGGAUUUUGUGCACCCCAAACUAAUUCUCCUGGUAAUGCAUUUGAUACUCAAUCUGGAAGUAUUUAUCUUGUCAUUAGCAAAAAAUUACAUUUCUGAUAGAGUUAUCAAUCCAACAAGCAGAAACUCGUCGAACAAUUCCUCAAGGGAGUGGAUUCCAGUUCGAGAAGGGAACUUUUUUAUUGGCAUGGUUAUUAUGAUAAGAGGCUCCCAACAGGACCAAGUGCUUUGCUCAAAUUAGAAGAAUUUGUGGCCAAGUUCAUGAGCAUACACCGAAAGAGUUCUGGCAAAUCAUCGGCAUGAUUAAUUCACAUUAAGCUGAUUUUGAUAUGUCCUUUCUCAAUGCAUAUAAAGCCAUGUUUAGGUAAUACGGGUAUAGAUGCUGCCCAAAAUUGCAAUCAUAUCAAUUCAUUUUGCUUUCUGAAAAGAUGAAAGGAGAUAAUCAACAGAGAGCGAACUUGUUUGUAAUGUUGUCUUCAAUUGGAUAAGAUUUCUUGUAAAGUUAAUAAACGGAAGAUUCAGCAGACUUCCCUUCCAUCACCAAACAUCCGGGUAAGGUGAUUUAGCAAUGCCUGCUGGCAAGCAUCUGGUGCUUUUGUUGACGUUGUGUUGAUAAGAAUUUUCAUAAUUUCUAUUUGUUGACUUAGAAUUAUCACAAGGCUUGGCUGCGCCAUACUACAAUGCAUCAAACAUUUACUGCACUUUGGAAUUACUUGGUACAAGAGAACGCACAUUUGGGAGUUUUGGGUUCCAUCACUGUCG